AUGUCCAAGCUUUUACAACUUACGUCCAUACUCCUUCUUAGUUCACGUGCUUUAUCAAUCAUAGUGACAGAUCCACCGCCGACCACAGAGUAUAAUUACUGGUACCACAUUAUUGAUCCAUCUACUGGUGAUGCUAAAGGUCAGCAAGAAGUGAGACAUGGGGAUACAGUCAAGGGAUUCUAUACGGUACUAGAUCCAGAUGGUACAAAACGAACUGUGGACUACUUAGCGGAUUCUAGGAAUGGCUUUAAGGCUUUCGUGAGAUCUGUGCCCAUUGGUACUGAUUCGCGUACACCUUCCGAGGGAAAGCAGUAUUCUGCGCCGCUGCAAGUCUACCAGCGUUCCAACGAUCGUUUAAGUGACCCUGUGCUGUUCACACCAGGAAACGAUACGAGGGUCGAUAGACCUACCUUUGGACGAGGUGUUUUGUUUAUGCCGAACUAUAUGCGAUAUUGA